GUACGGUGAAUUUGGUCACGUGCCAUUUUAGGAGAGAAAUACAUUCAGUGGCGACCCGCUAACGAGAAAACAGGAUUUGUACUUAAAUAUAAUACGUGAGAAGUGAACGGAUCGUACCGCCGGGAAAACAACAAUUUCCAUCAAGACACAGGGGGGCUGUGAGGUGAUGGCCGAUCCUCAUGUCGGGGACCGGUAAUGUUCCCCAACCGCUUCCAACCAGUGUACAAUGCGGGCCCACAAUGGGCCAACAAUUAUUAACGACCACCAGACUGACCACCACUGGCGGACCAACCAACGGAAGCAGUCAGCGUCAAGGCACGAGGCAACGCGAUUAGAACGGGGUGGAUUCAUCCAGUGCUGUCACUUUUGGUUGGUGAUUGUGAUUGUGAUUGGAUUAGCAGUGGUGGCGCCGGUCGGUGCCGGACCUCGGUACAGUUCCCGGAUCGUGGAAACCAAGUCGGGGGCGAUUCGGGGUGUGAUUUUGGAGCUGCACUCGAAGUAUCUGGAACCGGUGGAGGUCUUUAAGGCAGUACCAUACGCUGCUCCUCCAGUGGGAAACCUUCGAUUUGAGGCCCCGAAAAAGCUUCCUCCGUGGAAGGGAACCAAGUUAGCCGACACAUUUGGACCAGUUUGUCCUCAGAGCUUCCCGGACAUUAGCAACCGCACGGUAGCCCUGCUCUCGAUGCCAAAGGGACGCUACCAGCACCUGAAACGACUGCAGCCGCUGCUUGCCAACCAGAGUGAGGACUGUCUCACGCUCAACAUCUACGUCCCCGGAAGUGGAAGCCGUGGCCUCGAAGCACCGUACUCCAUCUUCUUCUACAUCCACGGCGAAGCGUACGACUGGGGCUCCGGCAAUCCGUACGACGGCUCCGUACUGGCCAGCUACGGUCACGUGAUCGUCGUGACAGUCAAUUUUCGUUUAGGAAUUCUCGGUUUUCUCAAAACUCGUGCCUCUGCCUCACCGGGUGGUUCUGGUGGCAACCUAGGUUUAAUGGACAUCACCCUCGCGCUGCAAUGGGUGCGAGACAACAUCGGUGCAUUCGGCGGUGAUCCCAAGCGCAUCACCGUAGUCGGUCACGAUACGGGUGCAGCUCUGGCCAACAUGGUCCUGAUCUCGAAAGCGGGAAAAGGCCUCAUCAAUCGGGCGAUCCUACUCAGUGGAUCCGCCCUGAGUCCAUGGGCUCUAGUUCCGAACCCGGAUGCCAUCCGGAUGGAAGUAUCCCAGCAGAUGGCCUGUCACCUGUUGGUGGAUCCACCGCCAGGAAAACCUGCCCGGAAACCUUCGACCGACGACAUCACCGAGUGUCUGCGGGACAAACCACUCGAGGCCCUGAUGGGUGUAAGACUGACCGCCGUACGGUUCAUGCCGUCCUGGGGACCAUUUCUACCGCUGGAGGACUCGCUGGACCCGGAGUUUGCCAUGGAACACUCCGGCGAGGGCUUCAUCACCAGCGAACUGAUGCUCGGCAUGACCACAACCGAGAGCUACAACGAUUUCAGCGCUUCUGAUAUACAGUAUGGCCUCGAGGAAGAGCAACGGAAUCGACUCCUGCGGACCUACAUCCGGAAUGCGUUCACCUUCCAUCUGAACGAAAUCUUCUCAGCCGUGCGGAACGAGUACACCGACUGGGACAAACCGAUCCAGCACCCAAUCAACAUCAGGGACUCAACAAUGGAAGCGCUUAGCGACGGUCACACGCUCGCCCCACUCAUCAAGGUGGCCUAUCUGCACGCCCGCCGGGGAGCCAAAACGUACAUGUUCCACUUCGCCUACCAGACCAAGGAAACCGAGUAUCCACAGCGCCUGGGAAGCAUCCGUGGUGAGGACCUACCGUACGUGCUGGGUCUGACGCUGGUACAGGGUGGUCCCUGGUUUGGGCAGAAUUUCUCCCGCCAGGAUAUGGGAGUGAACGAGGCGGUGCUCAAUUUUGUAACCAACUUCUGCAAAACCGGAGAUCCGAACGAAGCGGGCCAUCAGGCACCACUGCUGCAUCCGGACUAUGGCACUGCGAAGGAACGGACGCGCUUCCGCGGCAUCACGUGGGACACAUUCGAGACGACCACGCAGCAGUAUCUGAGCAUAUCAACCAAACCAAAGAUGCGUAGUCACUACCGAGGGCACAAGAUGGCGCUCUGGUUGAACCUGAUCCCGCAGCUGCAUCGCCCCGGAGACCAGGACGUUUCGAUGCGACAUCACCACUUCCGGGAGCGGGAGCCCCAUUACUACGCUGGAUCAGUUCGGGCCGAGUCGUUUAGCCGGCCGCGGAUGUUUGGCGGUGGAGGAGGAGGAGCCGGCGCCGGAGGCUUGGGAAGUAUCAACGAUGCUCAGGAAUCGAGGCAGGAACUGUUCGGGACGGAGUGCACUCCAGAUCCGACGAUGGGCGAGGUGCUUCAGGAAGCGAAUUCGGAGGGGGGCAUCUUGACUGAGGAGGAGGAAGAGGAACUGCUAGAGAAGCUGGCCAAUCGGCACUACUACAGUUACACCGCCGCCCUGGGAGUGACAGUCGGUGUUGGUUGCUUGCUCCUGUUGCUAAAUAUGCUCAUCUUCGCCGGAAUCUACUAUCAACGAGAUCGGUCCCGUCGGCGGAAGUCCCAAACGAUGCCGGGCGGUAGUAGCAGCAACAACAGUACCUCCGCUGCUACCACCACCACCGGACUUACCAUCGGCACCGGAAGUGGAUCUCGCAACAACAACGGAAACCCCAGUCCGGACGAGGCAGAUAUCCCGUUGACGACGAUAGUGCCGAGUCCAUCGCCACCCUCGAGCAAAACGAAACGAAGCCACGAACCACCCCCGAGCUAUGCCACGCUUCCCAAGCGGAACUCGCAUCAGCAUCAACAUCAGCACCAGCAACAGCAUCAGGCCGGAGUGAAGGACACCAACUUGACGACAGCUACCUUGGGACGGGCCGGAAGUUUCUCGCACAAACAACAGAGCCUUCACCACCAGUCAAGUGAGCCAUCGUCUCGAAACCACCAUUGCACUUCCGGAACGACAGUACCGGAAGCUAUCCAUAAUCACCACCAGCACCAUCACCACAACACGCAAACCCUGCCGAGAUCUUCCAAGUCGGCUCCACUGCCACCGGUGCGGUCAUCAAGCAAUGCGUCUUCAUCGUCACCAGUAGGUGUCAUCGGUGGGAUUUCGACGACGGCGACAGCAUCCAUUUCACCGUCACCCACUCCAUCGGCGUCGACGGCAUCCACCCAAACGGCCGGACCACCGGCUCUGACAUCCAUCCUUGUAAAUAGCAACAGUAGCAACAGCAACGGCCAUCAUCUGCAUCAGCACCAUACUUGCGGUGGCAGUGGGCUGAACAGCAAUGUCAUCACGGUGGACCUGGUGAGCUCGACCAAUCCGAAACUGACGGGCCCAGGGCCGGGCGCGUCCUAUAAUAGCAGUAGUAGCAACAAUUUUAUCGGUAGCAGUAGUUUAGCUAGUAGUGGGAACAGUGGGUCGCAUCAUCACCACCACUCGCACUCGCAUCACUUGCAUACGGGUGGUGGUGGCGUAGCAGGGGGAGGGUCCGUCGUGGGCAUCGGCGGGGGACUUCUAGGUCAUGGUGGUAGCGGGAAUCUCACAGGAUCCAUGACCGGUGCCAAUCACCCGCAGAUGGCCUCGACCGGAACGUCAACGCUGAAAAAACGUGUUCAGAUCCAGGAGGUAACCGUAUAGCACAGGUACAGCACAGCUGACGACGACCAGGAAGCUGUGUGAAGACAUAAAUGAAUCAGGAACGAAAAUAGUAGAAGCCCACAAUUUACUUAGAAACUAAAAUCCCUUUGGAACGAACUGGAAGGAAAGUCUCGGCCGAGUGAACAGGAAACUAUCCCGGGUGAUGGAAGAUAACAGAGUAUAACGCUAGAUCUUGGUGUCCACAUUGGUCGUACGAGUUUUCGGUUUACAAGUUGUAAAAGAGGGUUGUCUCAACUUUACAUUUUGUAAUAUAAAACAUAGGCGUAACUAUGCUGUUUCUAUGAAAAAUUUCCUAAACAGCAUUUGUUUUUAAAUGACAGUGAUACAAACAAAACUCACGUUAAAUAUUCCUUCUCCUUUCUCUAUGGUUUCUUCCACAAUUUUUGUCUUGUAUUUUUGAGAUAUUUAAAAAAAAUAUUCCUUUAUUUUAUGAAUUUUAAAGGUUUAUACUGAAGAGCUUUCACAGAACUUCAAAUGCAAUUUGAAAGGGAAUGUUUUCUUGUCUAUCAAUCGAAAACAGAACAAUUUACUAAUAUCAAUUUAAAACUAUUAUCAACACUUUCCUCGGGAACCAACGCCCCAGAGCGAUGGGUGGAGAUUUCAUUUCACUUAAAUAAAUUAAAUUGAAAUUUAUACGAACAGCCACAACGUCGAAUCGUUCGAGUAUGAUGAGAUUUCUACCUUUC